ACAUGAGGCCAGUGAGGCCAGCAAAGAGAACAUGAAGAACCCGUUCGGAGAAGCGGUAAUAGUUGCCAAUAUUGUGUUCCUUGUGCUUGCGACAGUCUUCGUUGGCUUACGAUUCACCUCGCGAAUUUUUAUCUCCCGGAGAGCAACAGCGCCGGAUUAUGUGAUGUUGAUCGGAUGGAUACUUCUAGUUGGAAUCACCGCUGUCAAUAUAUAUGGCGCGUCUAAAGGUUUGGGACUCUUUGCAGGGGUUCUCCAAAGCUGGAGGCGGCCUUUGGCUCGGGCCGAGUACGCAUUCCCUGUGCUCUAUUAUCCAGCAGUCACAGCUAUUAAAUCAUCCAUCCUCCUCUUUUAUCUGACUCUGGCGAAAGGACAGUUUCUUUUCCGAGUGGUAGUGCUCGUUACUUUUGGUAUUGUUAUCCUGUUUGGCCUAUCCUUGACCCUGGUGAAUCUGUUCCCAUGUCGUCCGCUCUCGGCUUCUUUUUUAAUUGAGACACCUCCCGGGACCUAUUGUAUCGACAUUGUUGCGCUCUAUAUUUCCUCAGCUCCGAUCAAUAUUCUCACUGAUGUUGCCAUUUUCUUUCUGCCAAUGCCGAUACUCUGGAAUAUACGACUCCCACGUCGGCAGAAAGUCAUUUUGCUCCUCACAUUUGGAGCCGGGAUAUUUGUCAUUGUUAUAAGCAUCCUUCGCACGGAGUUUCUUUUGCACGCAGCGGUUGAACGAGCUAUCAAACCCCAACCCCCAAGCGUUCACGACCUCUCAUGUAAGCUCUCCACUCCGAUAUAUUCAUUAUGUACUCACGGGCUUGUCGGCACAGAUUACGAUGCAUAUGUCUUUUUAUGGUCCACGGUAGAGCUGAGCCUUGGCAUCAUGUGUGGCUGCGUUCCUAGCCUAAAACCUCUUGUCUCCCGAAUUCUUCCUUGGGUCCUCCAUACGACAGAGGAGACGACUCGUUCCAGUGACACCGGUACAUCUCUGGUUCACCGGCCUGGAAGAGAUAACAACCAAGUGAUUGAGACGGAUACCACGGCCGGGAUUGCAGUACCUGAAAAUUUGGAGUCGGCAGCUAGCGGACCGGAAAAUGCACCAUCGAGUACCCCCAGCCAGCCCUGGUUUGAUUUCGUUGUACUCACCAGUUCACGGAACAUGCUUGGCAUGAGCGGACGAGAAUCAAUAUUCCCACUCACAGUAAUAUGUGUUAUCUUCUUUUUGUGGGGUUUUGCCUACGGAAUUACAAGCACAUUCUGGUUGCAAUUCCAGCAUGCCACUAGGAGCAAAGUCGAUGUAACGUUCGCGUUACAUGCCAGUUAUUUUGGUGGCUAUGUCUUCGGGCCCAUUCUCCUGGCACGUCCUAUUCUGAACUACAGUGGUUUCAAAAUCGCCUUAGUCACAGGUAUAUCAAUCUUUUGGUUCGGUAUGCUGUCAUUCUGGCCUGCGACUGUACUCGUCUCGCUUCCGGCCAUCCUGGUUGCCAUGUUCAUUGCCGGAUUGGGAGUUUCUGUGGUGGAAACAACAGCAAAUCUCUUCACUACGCUUUGUGGACCAUCAGGACGUGGUGAAAUGCGACUUAGCAUCGCCAAGGGUAUAGAAGCGAUAGGUGUGACAGCCUCUACGAUAUUAUCGGAUAAAGUUUUCUUCACGAAUGUGGUAAGUGCUCCAGGACUGAUAGACGUGCAGUGGAUAUUUCUUGUUCUGGCGAUAGUUCCACUGCUCCUGGCGUUCGCAUACACCUUCGUGAGCCUUCCUGAGGUCUCGAGCGAUGAGUUGAGAGAUCGCGCACAUUGCAGAGAACGAUUCACUUGCAGUCGUAUUUCUGAGGUUCGCGUCAUGUGGAUAACGUUGAUCCUCGGGUUUCUAGCGCAAUUCUGCAGUAUUGGAGGUGAAGAAGCCUUUCGAACUAAUUUCCGGUUGUUCGUGAUAUUUAAUGAACCAAACCCUCGCCCCCCACUUUAUGGAUUUGUCGCCAUAAGCAACGCCGCAUCCGCAGCUGGCUUCCUCUUCACUGCGCUUUUAUUGUACUUCUUGAAACCUCGUUGGAUCCUUCUGGGUCUGUAUCUCUGCGCAAUCCUAUUUUCGGCCCUCAGCAUAGUGACGAAUAGCUAUGCCGGCAUCGCGAUGGCUAUUCUCCUCUCAUUUUUCAGUGCUGGAAUCUCGCCCAUAAUAUUUGCAAUCUGCCUCCGCGGGAUGGGGAGACAUACGAAAACCGCUGCCGCAUUCUUGACGACGGCCGUCUCGGGCGGUGCGAUUUUCCCUUUCGUCCGAAAUAGCAUGUCCAAAGCACACGGAUAUCGAUAUGGAUACUAUCUCGAUGUUGCCCUCUUUUCAGCAGGCUCACUAUUUGCUGUCUAUCUCAACAUAGUGACGGGUGCACGAGUCCAAACAAAUUAA